AUGACCACCGGCACAGGCGCGGUAGGGCUCAAUCUGGCAACCGCAAACCGCGUUUUCAUUGUCGAGCCCCAGUGGAACCCUUCGGUCGAGAACCAAGCUGUAGCACGAGCUCUGCGCCUCGGACAAAAGCAGGCAGUGUUGGUCACACGUUACGUUGUGGAACAGACGGUGGAGCAGGACAUGCGCGCAUUGCAGGACACCAAACUGGAAAGAGCCAAUCUCAUUCAAAGUGGCUGA